AUCGUUGCGGCGAAUAUCAUUGUGAGCAGCAUGCUCGCCGCAUCGGCGAAUGCAGUUGUUUCAGCGCGCUGAGCGAGGCAACAACGGCAUAGUUUCGGCUGCGCUAUAUUUAUUGCUUAUUUAUCACUUAAAACAUAAACAUUUGCUUGAAAAAUUGAUUGCUUCGCCAUGUCUGACGUGUAUAUUGUAUCUGCGGCCCGUACUCCAAUUGGCAGUUUCAAUGGAUCGCUUUCCAAACUAAAGGCAUCCGAUCUGGGCAGCGUCGUCAUCAAAGAGGUGCUCCAACGGGCCAAGGUCGAGGCUCAACAAGUCAACGAAGUCAUCAUGGGCCAGACCUUGAUUGCUGGGCAAGGUCAGAAUCCCGCGCGACAAGCAUCUCUGAAAGCUGGCCUGCCCAUAGACGUGCCCGCCUACGGCAUCAACAUGCUCUGCGGCUCCGGACUCAAAACUGUUGUGUUGGGUUAUCAGGCGAUACGUGCUGGAGAUGCACAGAUUGUGAUUGCUGGCGGACAGGAGAAUAUGUCGCUGGCGCCGCACGUGAUGCAUUUGCGUCAGGGCGUCAAGAUGGGUCCCGGCACACUGGUCGAUUCCAUGCUCAACGAUGGCCUAACGGAUGCCAUGGAGCAGAUACACAUGGGCAUCACUGCCGAGAAUCUGGCCGAGAAGUAUGACAUCUCCCGAACGAGGCAGGAUGCCAGCGCAUUGGAUUCGCAACAGCGUGCGACACAGGCCCAGCUGGCUGGCCACUUUGAGCGGGAGAUUGUCGCCGUCGAGAUCAGGGAUCGAUCGGGCACGGAACUCUUUGCCAAGGACGAGUACAUCAAGACCAACUGCAGCAUCGAGCAAUUGCAAAAGUUGCGUUCCGCUUUUAAGGAUGGCGGCACCGUUACUCCCGGCAAUGCAUCCGGCGUUAAUGAUGCCGCCGCGGCCGUGCUCCUCAUGUCCGGCGAGCAGCUCAAGCAACGCAAUCUGCAGCCGCUGGCCAAAAUUGUGGGCUGGACACAAACGGGCCUCGAACCCAACUUGAUGGGCCUGGGUCCGGUUAGCGCUGUGGAGGCAUUGCUCACCAAGAUUGGCUGGACACGCGACGAUGUGGAUCUGUACGAGCUGAACGAGGCAUUUGCCGCUCAAUCGCUGGCCGUGGUGCAGUGCCUCCAGCUGGAUGCCAACAAGGUGAACAUUAAUGGUGGCGCCAUCGCCUUGGGUCAUCCCAUUGGUGCGUCGGGUGCCCGUGUUCUGGUCACCCUGCUCUACGCGCUGGAGCGCACCGGCGGACGACGUGGCAUCGCCUCCCUCUGCAUUGGUGGCGGCAUGGGCAUAGCCCUGGCCGUGGAGCGCAUCCUCUAAACCAGUCAAAGAUCAUCGAGCUAUAACUCUAUAUAUAUCCGUAGUCUUUGAUGUAAAGUUUCCAUUUGGUAUUCGGGUUUCUUUCUUGUAUUAUUCUCUGUCACAAAUAUUAAUUUAAUUUAUACUCUUUGUAAAUGUCUCAAAUUCAGUAGCGAAUAGCAUCUAUAUACGACAAUAAUACGCCAUGAACAGCUUUAUAGUUUAUCUAAAAGUUUUCCAACUUCUAAAUAUGUAAAAAACGGUGUUGGUUAUUAAAAUGUGAAUGAAUAAAUCAAUUUUUAUGUGUAUUAUAAAUUUA